CCUCCUCCUGUCUUCUCUUCUUGUCGAUAGAGGCGUGCUGUGGUUUAGGUUUGAAGAGUGGGGGGGGAGGGGAUGGAGAGCAAGUCCUUAAGUUUGGGAUUGGGAAGUGGAAGGUGUGGCUCCUCCAAGAGGGGCAGAAGGAGCAACUCGGAGAAGGCAAAGCGACCCCAAAGAGGACUUGGGGUGGCUCAACUGGAGAAGAUCAGAUUGCAAGGUCAACUGAACCAACAUGUUUCGAUCCACAAUAAUCUCUGCAUGGAGGAAUACGACGACGAUGGAAAAAGAAAUAUUAUCGAUUGCGAUGAACAUUGGUUUGAUACAAUCCGGAGAUCACGAUCGAAUGUACCUCUCGUGACGUUACCUCUGAUCGAACAAUUGCUCGAGCAGUCCAUUAAGGACUACUCGACGCAAAAGAAGCAUUCGAUCAUCCACAAGUAUGAUCCAAAUGAGGCCGUAGAAGAACUAGAUUUGGAGCUUAAACUCUCACUGUAAAUGCUUGCAAGACUUUUUUUUGACUUGUUCGUAUUCCUUCCUAUCAAAGUUGUCUUGUUCGGCUUACCGAAAAUAUUUCCAACAAA